AUGAUUCGAGAGCCGGGCUUAGUUAAUGGCGAAGAAUUACUCCGACAAGGAAAGCUUAAUUUGGUGGAUCUUGCUGGUUCUGAAAAUAUUGGGCGCUCUGGCGCGACAGAUAUCCGAGCUAGAGAAGCGGGAAACAUCAACACAAGCCUGUUGGCGCUCGGACGUGUAAUUAAUGCAUUGACUAUGGGUGCUUCACACAUUCCUUAUCGCGAAAGCAAGCUGACACGUAUUUUACAAGAUUCCUUGGGUGGCAAGACAAUUACUACAAUCAUUGCAACAAUAUCUCCAGCGUCGUCAAACUUUGAGGUUUAUUAUAAUUUGCUAAAUUCAAAAUUUUAA